UCAAUCACGCCUUGGGGUCCUCGCUAGCAAACACAGCCGUGCUCUGCAGGUAGACAACCGCACUUGACAUGCAGAAAGGCCGCUAAAGAGUUUCGCUGUCGGACGGGCAAUUCUGCUGCCGCGCAUGUCCACCAUCACGCUUGAGGAAAUUGCGCAGAACGCCAUAGCGUGACUCGGUGGUAGCGUUGCGAUGUUUGUUUCUUGGGUCCAUUUGGCCGCAUGAUUGGCCUCUCGAUGGCAUUUUUGGAGCCCUGUCUGGUCGUCCUGUCCAGGAGAUGUCGCGAGGCCAGCGGGACGUGGUUGAGGCCUUCCGAGCCAUGGCCGGGCAUGGUGGUCCCGUGCGAAACCCACGCCGCUCCCGAGGCUCAGACAUGGCAGCAUUCCGCGCGAACGCUGUCCGCUCGAACAUGGACCAGGGCUUCUGGCGCCAGACGGGAUGAGGACAUGUGGAACAGAGUCGAAGAUGGUCCAGCGACAGCAUGUUGGGCGAGAGCUUUAUCCAGCUCUGGCGGCACCGACACGCUCCGGGAGGACAUCGAGCGCCAUGUGC